AUGGCGCCUCCGUUGAAUUUUCUCGGAACUAAAGGAAACCGGCUGGUAGUCGAGUGCGAAGGGCAUGUUUAUUCCGUACCCAUGGAUUAUAUGGAGCAACUUCAGAUGCAACCUCAACAACUACAGAGUACGCGGUCGGAUUCCGGUGUUCAAUCUCCUCGACAGUUCAGUAUUACUCCUGCCCCUAACGUGGAAGAAGAAACUAAGGAUGUCGUUUCCGAAUGUUCAAGCGAACUGAGUACUUCUGAAUUUUCCGGUGGCAUUCAUGCAUCGAUUCGAGUUCCAACCCUAACAAACAGUGCGGGCAAAGUGCUAUCCGAGCUGAAAGACGAAGUAACGCGGUUGAUCGAUGAAUCGAUCAUGAAAAUCGAACUAGAUUUAGAACCUCACGCAGCACCCACAAAGGUACCUAGCGUGGUAGAAUCGGUUGAGGACCGGGAUAUAUCUAGAAAAGAUGUCGAACCCUUCCAAUUUUCCGUGGAAACGUCCAAAGCCCUACACCCGGAUGGAGAUCGUAGUCAGCCCGGCUAUAGGAGACAAAAUUUACAAGUACUUCAGACGGAUAUGUUUGUGGCAAGUAAGCGAUAUACACGCGUGCGACUGCUGGACGAAAUUCUCGAGCGUUUGAGACGGCUAAAGGAUUUAGAGACAUUGGAGUGA